GUGCUGUUUGGCGUUGAGAGAGAGAGAGAGCAUUAUGGAGUUGAAGGCUGUUGGGUGGAAUUUCAAGAUGCCCUCAGCAAUGAAUGGUAACAGGACAGUGCAGUCGGCCAGCCCAGAUGUGGGAUCUGCUCCUGGACAGAUCACCUUGGGCGGAGGGCAGUCCUCUGGGGCCCAGACCGAGGCAAUGAAGCAAGUCCUGGGCGUCGUAGACAAGAAAGUCCGGAACAUGGAGAAGAAAAAGGGCAAGCUGGACGAUUAUCAAUCUAAGAAGAAUAAAGGGGAACGUCUCAACCAGGACCAACUGGAUGCCCUGACCAAGUACCAGGAAGUGACUAAUAAUCUGGAGUUUGCCAGGGAGUUACAGAAGAGCUUCCUGUCACUGGGACAAGAUAUCCAGAAGGCGGUGAAGAAGGCAGCGCGACGGGAACAGCUCCAGAGAGAAGAGUCUGAGCAGAAGAGGCUGAAGACUGUCCUAGAGCUCACUGCCCUGGACGAGCUCUAUAAACUAGUGGGACCAGAACCAGACCAAAACACCAGAUUUACUGACCAGUACGAGGAGGCUUCUCAACACCUCAUGGAUCUGUUGGAGGGGAAGGACAAAGCUGUGGCAGGAACUACGUACAAAGCUCUGAAGGACAGCCUGAACCGAGUGCUGCUAAGUGGGUACUUUGACCAAGCCCAGUCUCACCAGAAUGGAGUGUGUGAGGAGACCGAGGAGCAGACCGUCGCUGUAGUGGAGGAGACAGAGGAGCAGGCUGUAGUGGAGGAGACCGAGGAGCAGGCCGUCGACCCAGGUCAAAAUCUUUGACGUUGGCGUUUAGAAAUGUGCACUGAGUUAUAAAUUGACCAAAGUUAUACAUAUUAUGUUAGCUAAAUGAGUCUCUUUCCUUGACCAUCCUUACAAAUGUGCACUUAUUCCCCCAUUCCCCCAUUUUUUUUUUUUGUUUUUUAAAUGACUAAGCAAUACCAAUGUUAGCGAAAGUACACUUUAGUUGGUUGAUUUGUAAUCGAGCUGGAAGCAAUACAAAUGUAGUUAGCUUGAGUACACUUUAAAGUUAAUUUGUAAGCCAUACAAAAUGUAGCUGUUAGCUUAAGUUUGUUGUAAUUGUUGUUUUUAUUUUACCACCACAAAUUUCCCAAUUGGGACAAUAAAGAUGAUUGAU